AUGAAUCCGGCGGAGGCAGACGCGGGCCCGGACCCAGCCGCGGCAGGGUCAGAGAAAAAGGACACAGUUCGGGCGGUGGAUGUUCUAACGGUGCUCAGAGAGAAAGUGGCCUUCGUCUCAGGUGGGCGGGACAAACGAGGAGGGCCAAUCCUGACCUUCCCUGCCAGAACCAAUCACGACAGAAUAAAACAGGAAGACCUCAGCCGAUUGGUCACUUACCUGUCCACCGUUCCCAGUGAUGAUGUCCGCAGUAGGGGCUUCACAGUGGUGGUGGACAUGCGUGGCUCUAAGUGGGACAGUGUAAAGCCAGUUCUCAGGACACUUCAGGAGUCCUUCUCGGCUCAGAUCCACAUGGCGCUGCUCAUCAAACCUGACACCUUCUGGCAAAAGCACAAGACCAACCUGGGAAGCGCCAAACUCAGCUUCGAGACGAGCCUGGUGUCUGUGGAGGGUUUGUCCCGCCUCAUCGACCCCUCUCAGCUGACCGCAGACCUGGGCGGGUCCCUGGAGUACGACCAUGUGGAGUGGACCGAGCUGCGCCUGGGUCUGGAAGAGUUCUCAGGGGCAGCACAGCAGCUUUUAGCCCAACUGGAGCAGCUCGAGGCUGGGCUGAACCGCCAACCUGAGCCUCAGGAUGUAGACGAGGCCCGCAAACUGCUUGAAGAACAUAGCCGCCUGAGAAACACCAUCUCUACAGCUCCUGUUGACGCCCUGGACAGAGAGGGGCGUAGCCUGUUGCAGAGAAUGCGGCUUGGUCCCUCCCACAGUGAUACUCCCUCAGAGGGGGGUGGGGCUGGGGGCGGGACUGGGACAGGUGGAGGGGCAGGUGGAGGAGGAGCAAGUAGUGGAGGUGGUACCUGGUUGUCAGGGGGCGCAGACUUCCAGAGCGUAGCCCCUAAAGUGUCGUCUCUUCUGGAGCGGAUGCAGAGCUCUCGGACUCACCUGCUACAGCACUGGAGCGAGAGGAAAGUCCAACUAGAGCAGACGCUGCAGCUGCACCUGUUUGAGCAGGAUGCCACCAAGAUGUCGGAGUGGAUCGCUCACAGUAAAGAGCUGUUCCUCCAGAGCAUCACUGAGGUUGGACUCAACCACCAACACGCUCUGGAGCUACAGAGCCAGCACCAGCACUUCACUGCCAACUGCAUGAAUGGCAGUGUGAACGUGGACAGCGUGGUCACUGUUGCCGCCCGUCUGGCUGAAGCAGGUCACUAUGGCGCUGACCGCAUCACCAAAGUGUCGUCACGGUUACAGGAGGACUGGAGCGCGCUAACCGCUGCGCUGGACCAGAGGAGCGCCACGCUGGGCAUGGCCACAGGCUUCCACCAGGGGGCAGAGCAGUUUCUAUCGAAGGUGGAGACGUGGGUGCAGCAGUGCUCUGAAGGCCCUCUGCCGUCAGUCUCCUCUGAGCUGGAGGCGGCCAGCAAAAAGCACCAAGAACUCAACGAGGAGAUUUCUGGAAACUACACACAGAUCAGUGAAAGCGGUAAAAUCUUAUUGGACGUCCUCCAGCGAAGUCCCACCUCCGAGUCGGACCAAACUGAAACCAAACCGGACUUCACAGCUGCCACACACGGUAUCAUGGGAGUUCUGCACCAGGUCCUUCAGGGCCAUCACAAAGUGGAGGGGGCGUGGCAGCAUCGUAAGCUCCGCCUCCACCAGCGUCUGCAGCUCUGUGUGUUCCAGCAGGAUGUCAAACAGGUGUUGGACUGGGUGGAGCAGCAUGGGGAGGUGUUCCUGAAUAAACACAGUGGAGUGGGGAAGUCGCUGCACCGAGCUCGAGCUUUACAAAAGAGACACGAUGACUUCCAACAGGUGGCACAGAAUACUUACACAAAUGCAGAGAAGCUGCUGGAGGCGGCCGAUCAGCUGGCGCAGUCUGGAGAGUGUGAAGAGGAGGAGAUCUACCAGGCCUCACGCGACCUCGAGCUACGGAUGCAGGCGUUUAUUCAGAAAGUGGAGCAAAGGAAGCUGCUGCUGGACCUGGCUGUGUCCUUUUACACGCACACCAAAGAGUUGUCUGUGUGGAUGGAGGGCCUCCAAAAGCAGCUCUCCUCUGAGCUCUGUCCCUGUCCUGAGACUGUGGAGGCUCUGCAGGCCCUGAUCAGCCAGCAGCAGCAACAGCAGGCGAAUACACAGGAGGCCGCCAUGAGUGUGAUCCGAGAAGGAGAAGACCUCAUUCUACAACUCAGACCGCAGGGCAGCUCGGUGGUCCAUGUGGAGACAGUGCUGCAGCAGUUGGAGGAGGCUCAUGUUCAACUGGAAGAACUGUUCCACCAAAGGAAGAUUCGCCUUGACGUGUUUCUGCAGCUUAGGAUCCUGCACCAGUGCACGUUAGAGGUAAUGAGUGAAAUGGACGCAUGGAAACAAGACCUCCAGAAACAGUCUCAGGAUUUCUCCUCAGAUAAGUCCCGAGUCUCAGAUCAGAACCAGGACAAACUAGGUCUGAGUGGAUCCAGACUGAACGAGGCCAGUCCAGAGGCCCUGACCCUGGCACAGCAGAGGAUCCACAGGCACAUGGAGCGGCGUCUGGCCAUGAACAACAUGAUUUAUGAAGUCAUUCAACAGGGACACGACCUCCAGCAGUACAUCACCGAAGUACAGGCCUCAGGGGUAGAUUUGUCGGAGCCAGAGGGCGGAACUCUGGCCCCUCAGGUGGAGGAGCUGCAGCACCUCCUACAGGACAAACAGAAGGAAGUGCAGCAGAUGGCAGACCACACACACACACUGUUAGAACAACACCUACAACUGAGACACCUGCAGAGCCAAGUCAAACAGGUCCUAGGGUGGAUAAAUGAGGGGGAGGUGAUGUUGGCGUCGUGCUUGUUGAACUCCAGUUGUUUGUCUGAAGCCGAACAGUUACAGCGAGAACAUGAGCGCCUCCAGCAGUCCAUUGAGGGCCUGCUCCACGCUGACUCCCUCCAGAGGACCCAUCAGGUGGCGCUGGCGCUGCAGCAGAGGGCGGAGCUACUAGUGCGGUCCGGGCACUAUGAUCCAGACGCAGUAAGAGCCUGUGCCCAGACAGUGGCGUUGCACUGGCAGACUCUGAUGCUGCGAAUUGAAGACCGACUUAAACUGGUGAACGCUUCGGCCGCGUUCUACAGGACAUCACAGCAGGUGUGUGGCGUGCUGGAAAGCCUUGAACAGGAGUACAGACGGGAGGAGGAUUGGUGUGGCUCUGGAGAGAGACAACCUGAGCAGCUGCUGCCUCUGAUCAACAAGCACAUGGAGCAGAAGGAGGCCUUCCUCAAGGCAUGUACUUUGGCACGAAGGAACGCUGAGGUGUUUCUGAAGUACAUCCACAGGAACAGCGUCACCAUGGCGACCAUCUCUGGGCACAACAUCAGCGUCACUGGGGCAACCGAGGUCACUGGGGGUCACUCCAGGGUCCCCGAGCAGCAGGUCAAAGGGAUCCUAAGUGAGCUGCUGCAGAGGGAGAACCGGGUGCUUCACUUCUGGACGUUAAAGAAGCGACGUCUAGACCAAUGUCAACAGUUCCUCAUGUUCCAGUCCCACGCUCAGCAGGCGCUGGACUGGCUGGCCCAGUCAGGUGACCAUUACCUGGCCACACACACUUCACCUGGAGCCAAUCUUUCUGAGACCCAGGAGCUCCUGAACCAGCACCGGGAAUUCUGCAUCUCUGCCAAGCACACUCAGGAGAAGGUUCACCUGCUCAUACAGUUAGCCGAGAGUAUGCUAGCUAAAGGUCACGCCCACCGCACCGAACUACGCCGCUGUGUCUCCUCUGUCGACAAACGCUACCGCGACUUCACUGUGCGCAUGGGCCAGUACCGCCACCUGCUGGAGACCGCGAUGGGGGGCUGUGCUCAGGAUAACAAAGACUUGGAGUUGGAGCUGAUCCCAAACAGCCUCUCUGACUCCGACCCAGAAGUGAACCUGUCUGACCCCAGUCACCAGGUCAGCGACGAGAAGCGACGCACAGCACGCAAGAAGGAGUACAUCAUGGCGGAGCUGCUACAGACAGAGAGAGUCUAUGUCAGAGACCUACAGGAGUGUAUCGAGACUUACCUGUGGGAGAUGACGAGCGGGGCUGAGGAUGUUCCUCCUGGACUCUGUAACAAAGACGAUGUUGUGUUCGGAAACAUCCAGGACAUUUACGAGUUCCACAACAGUAUUUUCCUGAAAGAACUUGAAAACUACGAGCAGCUCCCGGAAGACGUCGGUCAUUGCUUCGUCACAUGGGCGGAUAAGUUCCAUAUGUACGUGACCUACUGCCGCAACAAACCCGACUCCAGUCUCCUCAUACAACAACACGGAACUGCUUUCUUUGAGGAGGUGCAGAGGAGACACGGUUUGGCCAACUCCAUCUCUUCAGCUCUGAUCAAACCAGUUCAGAGGAUCACAAAGUACCAGCUACUUCUCAAGGAGCUGCUGGCGUGCUGUGAGGAGGGUAAAGGAGAGAUUAAAGAGGGACUGGAUGUGAUGCUCAGCGUCCCCAAAAGAGCCAACGAUGCCAUGCACGUCAGCAUGUUAGAGGGUCUGGAGGAGGGUCUGGAGGUCCAGGGGGAGCUGCUCCUUCAGGACUCGUUCUUGGUCUGGGAGCCGAAGUCUCUGAUCCGAAAAGGGCGAGACCGACACCUGUUUUUGUUUGAGCUGUCGCUGAUCUUCAGUAAAGAGAUGAAGGACUCCUCUGGACGCACCAAGUACCUGUACAAGAGCAGACUCAGGACAUCAGAGCUGGGUGUGACGGAGCACAUCGAAGGAGACCCCUGUAAGUUUGCUCUGUGGGUCGGAAGAACGCCAACUUCAGACAACAAGACUGUGCUCAAGGCUGCGUCUCUGGAGCUGAAGCAGGAGUGGGUGCGCAGUAUCAGACAGGUGAUCCAGGAGAGGAGGGGUCACCUGAGGGGUGCCCUGAGAGAGCCAAUCCCCCUGCCCAAGACCCCCAACCCCACACUGGGGAGACAAAGGAGUAUCAGUCGGAGAGAGACCAGUGAAGACGCAGACAGUCUGGGAGAUGCCAGCUCUCAGCCCGACACUGUGUCCAUCGCCUCCAGAACCUCUCAGAACACGGCCGACAGCGACAAGUUAUCAGGGGGCUCAGAGCAGGUGGUAGUACUUCUGGAUUUUACCACAACUCUCACGGGGGAGCUCAGUGUGAAGUGUGGCCAGACGGUGGAGCUGUUAGAGCGGUCGGCAGAGAGACCGGGCUGGUGCCUGAUCCGGACCACAGACCAACAAACCCCACAGGAGGGUCUGGUGCCCAUGAGCGCCCUCUGCCUGUCACACUCCCACAGUGCACCCGACAUGGAGGGCCUGGUUCCACCCUCCACCGCCUCCACCUCCUCCACCUCUCCCCCGGGUAGCACAGCACCCUCUACAGCCAACGCAGGGUCACACACGGGGAGCACAGCACCCUCUCCAGGUGCGCCAAACACCUGCAACAGUAAUGGGUCAACUGCUUUGGCCAUGCACAACUCAGUGUUCAGCUCUGAUGGAUCUGGACUCUCUCAGACCAGUCCUCACACUCCGACGUCUCCCACAGUGUAUGGAGUGAGCAGUCCAACGGGGGGCGCUGUGGGCUCUCCAGGUCCCAAACGCAGUGGAUCUGGCACUGGCAACACACUCAAGCGCUGGUUGACGAGUCCAGUUCGGAGGCUGAGUCAAGGCAAAGCUGAUGGACAGAAAAAACCUCCAAUCAGGAUGAGGAGACGGGACAACAGAGCUGAGACCACGCCUCUCAACGCAAAUUCACAAGCAAAGGCUCGUAAGGAAGACUCGGUGCAGAGCGGAGGAGAGGAGGAGCCUGAAGAGGAGAGCUCCACCCCUCUGCCCCCUCCCAUGCAGAUCAUCAAGGACCCCAACAACCCAGAGGCUUUAGAUUCAGACCAAGGCUCCAACGAAUCGGACACGGAGCAGAGAAACAAAGCGCUCAGAGGGAGGAUGUUUGUGGUGAACGAAAUGGUACAAUCAGAAAAGGACUACGUGAAAGACCUGGCUGUUAUUGUAGAGGGUUUCAUGUCUCGUCUGGAGGUUCGAGGGAUUCCUGAGGACAUGAGGGGCAAAGACAAGAUUGUGUUUGGCAACAUCCAGCAGAUCUAUGACUGGCACAGAGAUUUCUUCCUGGUGGAGCUAGAGAGAUGUGUCCAGAACCAUGACCUCCUCGCUGACCUCUUCAUCAGACAUGAGCGGCGGUUGCAUAUGUACAUUGUUUACUGCCAGAAUAAACCCAGGUCAGAGUUCAUCGUCAUCGAAUACGAGAAAUUUUUCGAGGAGAUCCAACAUGAGAUCAGCUGCCGAAUGUCCAUAAGUGACUAUCUGAUCAAACCCAUACAGAGGAUCACCAAGUACCAACUCCUGCUCAAGGAUUUUCUGAAAUACACAUCUAAAGCAGGCCUGGACUGUGAAGAGGUGGAGAAAGCCUACGAACUGAUGUCCCUAGUGCCCAAACGCUGUAAUGACAUGAUGAACCUCGGGCGGCUGCAGGGAUACGAGGGAAAGCUGACGUCUCACGGGAAACUCCUACAGCAGGAGACGUUCUGUGUUUGGGAGCAGGACGGAGGCGUUUUGUCCCGGAGCAAAGAACGAAGAGUUUUUCUGUUCGAGCAAAUCAUUAUCUUCAGUGAACUGCUGAGGAAAGGCUCACAGAACCCUGGCUACCAGUACAAGAACAGUAUCAAGGUGAGUUACCUGUCGAUGCAGGACCAGGUGGAGGGAGACCCCUCUAAGUUCGUUCUCUGGUCUCGGGGGUCAGCCGAGCGCUUCACUCUUCAAGCCUCCAAUGCUGCCAUCAAACAGACCUGGGUGGAGACUAUCUCCGCCCUGCUGGACGCACAAAACAACUUCCUCUCAGCGCUGCAGUCUCCCAUCGAGUACCAAAGGAAGGAGGGGGGCAUUUCUGUGACCCGCCCCCUGUCGUCAGGGCGACCACCAUCAGCCCCGCCCACUCCAAAUGGCCACGCCCCCCAGCCACCACCCGACGGUGACGCAGAUGACACAGAGCUGGUUCUAGUGACACAGGACUUUGUGGCUGUCCGAGAGGAUGAGAUCUCUGUGUUUCGAGGAGAGAAAGUUCAGAUUUUAGCUUCAAACCAGCAGGGCCAGAGCCUGGUUUACCGACCGGCCAACAGCGACUCUCCAGCAGCAGAGGGCUGGGUGCCGCGGAGCGUGCUCAGAACACACUGACCCCUGACCCCAUAACUACAGGAAAACAAACACACAAAUAAACAGAGGACCAAUGACAGGGCAAGGGCUGUUUACAUCCCACACGCAGCCAGUGAGGACGGAGAGGGAUUAAGCAUUGAAUACGAGGAUCAUGUAUUAGAGCCUUAUGGAGAAGUUUAUCAAGGUGCUCUCACUCUGACCCCGCCCCUUUCUCUGGAUCAUCCAAUCAGAUGCCGUCACCUGUUUACAGCCGGGCCAAUCGCAAAUGCCGACUGAGGCACAAACUCUGAUACCAUUGGUCGCAUUUUGGAAGGCUUGUUGUGGAA